AUGUUAGAAAAAAAGUUUGCUGACAUUGACAAAAAAUUUGAGAAUGUUUUAAAUAAGAACAAGAGGAAGUUGGAAAAUGCUCAGAUAAAACCCAUACAUGACAAGUUCUUAUUUGCUCAGAAUGGUAUAACAGGUCUAAUUGCACCACCUGGGUCGGGUAAGACUUUCACUUAUCUUAAAAUGGCUGCACAACAACAAGAACUAGAUGAGAAGAACCCAUUCUAUGAGUUAGUAGUCAUUUGUAGUACUUCUGGUCAAUUUGACCAAACCGUCAAUUCGUUCAAAGAUAUUAUAAAGAAGUCUAAGUUAGUAUGUAUAAAAGACUCUGAGUUGUUAGAUUGGAUAAAGAAGUACCAAAGAAGAGUUUUGAAGUACAAUGCUAUAAAUGAGUAUAUAAAUUCUAAGUUUAAAGACCCAAAUGAGGAAAUGCAGAGAAUAUUAGAGAAGAAACACUUCAGAAACAAACAGAAAGAGAUAGAAUACAUUUCGAAGAAAUUGCAAUCUUACGAUUGGAAAACGUACCCUCACAGAUGUCUUCUUAUCUUAGAUGAUUUCGCCUCUCAUCCUUU